AUGCCUCUUUCAAGACAACAACAACAACAACAAACUGGACCACCACAACAUGCGCAACCAAGAUUUCAAUCCAUGGAUCCCAUGCAACAACGACAACUUGUGGCGGACAAAUUGAUGAAGGAUUGUCACUCUAAAACUCAUUUAGAUCAAAGGAAUAAUAGAACCGUCAUUGAAACCUCAUAUCAAACCCAUUUAAUGGUUAAAGAAUUUUCAUCAUAUCCUGAUAAAGCUCCUCCUCCCAAUGUACCCCUUGGAUCAAUAAAGACAAGAGUAUUGGUACUUUGUAUGAAAUAUAGUGGAAGAGUGUUAUUACAAAAGGGGAAGUUGAAUGAAGAACGGAAUCUUUAUCAAAUUGGAAGAACUUGGGAUUUAGAUGAAUUAAAAUCAGUUACGAAAUUAGCUAAUAAUGGAUUUAUAUUAUCGUUAAAUAAAGUUUAUUUCUGGGAAGCUAGUGAAAAUCCUGAUUUAGUGUUUAAAUUCCUUAGAUCAUUAGUGGAAAGUUUUGGUCAAUUUACCGGUAAAUAUCCUCAAUUAGUAGGGUUAACUCCUGAAAGUUUACAAUUACCUCCAUUAAGAAAUGGUAGAAAUGGAAGUACUCUGAGUCCUUUACAACAACCUCAAGCACCAUUACAACUGACACCAGUUCAAGCUCCUCAACAACCGGCCCAACAAGCUCGAGCAGGGUCUAAAGUUGAAGAUCCUUAUAAAGAUUAUGAUUUCACAUCUAAUGGUAAAUUACCUAUGAAACCAAUGAAAGUAUUACUGGUGGAUAGAACAAAUGCUAGUCCUUCUACUUCAAGCUAUGAUCUAUCAAAAACUACUCCAAGAACUUCAACUGGUUCAAGUCAUCCUUAUCGUAAUAAUUCAUUAUAUGAACAAUCAAAUACAAGUCAAACCAGUAGUGAUGCUCAUAGUUUUGUGUUUGGUGAGGCUCCAUCUCAAUCACAAUCAUCAAUUCCUAAUUCAAUAAGAGAAGAAUCUCCCGAACGUAAAAUUCAUGAAUAUGCUAAACAAGCUAGUAACUCUCCGUUAAGAAAAUACAAAUCAUUGAUUGAUCCACAACCAUCAAGGACAUCAUCUCAAUCACAUGAAAAUGAAAAUCUCGAAUCUGCUGCUGCAUUAGGUUUGAAAUUACAACAGCAUUUAGAAUCAGGUGAAGAUCUUCCUAUUAUCAAGAAGACUACCUCUCAACAAAAACAACUACAAGAGAAUCAAUUUGUGAAAGAUUUUGCUCAUACUAUUCCUGAAACUCAACCAUUAAAUAAAUCAGCUAGAAGUUCCUUAAUUGGUAAAUCACCCGAUUUUGGUAUUGAAGAAAUAACAGAUGAAAGUGAUACUGAAGAAACAAAAUUAGCCAAAUCAGCUUCAACUUCUUCAAAAAUUAAACCAUUAUCAAGAUCAAAUUCUCAAAAAUUAUUAAACUCAAGAAUCGUUCCUCCAAAAAUAAGACAACAAUCUAUUGAUAAAGGAUUAGGUAUAAAUGCCAGCAAUAGUAAUAAUAGUGUCAUUCCUGAUGAUCCACUUAAUGCAUCUAUGCAAGAAUUACAAAACAUGCUUGAUAACCAAUUGAAUUUCAAUAAAGUUAAAGAUAUACCAGUGGUAGACGAUGAUGAUGAUGAUGAUGAUUUAAAUAAAGUCCCAUCUCAAUUCCCUCCUGUUCAUAAAAGAGAUUUUUCUUAUGAUGAAGCUUAUCCAGAUUCUCAUGAACAAGAACCAUCAUUAAACGUGGCUAAGAAAGAUGGUAGUGUCAUUCCAUUAACCAAUGAACUGUUGAUAAAAAUUGAUAAAGAUAAUGAUGCUGAAGAUUUCUUUGAUGAUGCCAAUUGGUCCAUAACUGAUAACAGUGAUUCUAUUAUUAAAAAGUUAACUAAGGAAUUGAAUAAGGUUAAAAUGCAAAAUGUUGAUGUAUUGAUGGAUAUAAAUUUCGGUAAUAGUACCAUUGCCAAGGAUGCCAAUACUGCUAUGAGUGAAGUACAAAAUUUAAGUCAUAUUUUUAAGAAAUUAGAAAUUGAUUUUAGUAAAAUUACUCCUGAAAUCAAUGCUAUUGAAACUGAUUCUCAAGGUUUACAAGUUAAAUCAAUUAAUAAAAAGAUUUUAUAUAAUGAUUUAAAGAGUAUUUUACAAAAAGUUAAGAUUGAUCCUCAAGAUUUGAAAUUCAUUGCUUCAUUUGAAGAAUUUGAUAGAUUACCUAAAGUUGAAGUUCUUGAAUCUAAAUUAUUAGAACUUUAUAAUGCAUCCAGUACCAUUAAAGAUGAUGAAGAAAAUGAAAGUUUAAGUUCAAUUAAAGCGCUUAAACAAUAUCAAUCCAAUUAUGAAGUGGUUGGAAAGAAAUUUAUCAAACAUGCUCUUGGAUAUCUUUCUAUUCAAUUUAAAAAUAUUGUCGAUAAAUUCAGUGCUAAUUUGGAUCGUUUCACUGCUCAUUUAUUAUUACGAGAAUUAAGUGGGUUAACCGUUUAUUCUGGUAUAACGUAUUUCAUUAAAGAAAUUGGAUCAGUUGAAUUCUUAGAAUUUAAUCAAUUGGUAAAUUCAUUAUUUUCUCGAUUCUUUGAUCAAUUCAUUAAUAAUAAAUUAAGAAAUCAUGGUAGUCUUACUUAUUCAUCUACAUCAACUACCGCCAGUCUUAAUCUUUCUCAAUCAUUGGAUGAAACUGUUCCAUUAAAACAAUCAAGAACAUUAAGAUUAUCUAAAAAGAUGAGUAAAUUUAGUGGAAUUGGUCAUGAUCAAGUUGAAGAAAAGAAUGAACAAAAACUUGAAUCAUUAAGAAGAAGUGCCUCUAUGAAAUUAGGUCAUGGUAUUGAAGAUCCAAAGUUUGUUAUUCAAGUGAUUGAAGAAUCAAAAGAUUUAAUUGCUUUGGUACAAUAUUUCAUUAUGGUAUUUUUCCAUAUUGAUAAAGAUUCAGUCGAUUUCACCGAUUAUUUACAUGUUCAUUCUUAUGAUGAAAGAAUGAGAUUGGCUGAUGAAUUACCUAGUAAAUCGAUAGAAUCAUUAGAAGACGGAAAGAUUCAUUCAUCAAUUGAAUUGAUUCAGAAUUUAACUUCACUUUUUGGUCUGUACAUUAAUAUCCAUAUUAAGAAACUUAAUCCCGUUGAUCUUAAUGUGCCGGUUAUUUUACUUUAUUUGGAAAAUGUAGGUAAUGGAUUACAAAAUUCAAAUCAAGUUUAUCUUAAGAAUAAUUUCAUUGAUAAAUUUAAAACUAAAAUAUUGGAUGAUUGGAAUAAAUUCAUUCAAACUCAAAUUGAUCUGUUGAAUAAUUCAAUUAUUGUGGCUAAAAGUGGAAUUUUACAACCAGUUAAGAAUAUCAAUCAAUUAUUAUUAAUCACUGAAGCUUCAUUAGAAAGUCAUCAGUAUGAAUUAAGAGGUAGUAAAGUAAGAGAAUUGGUUGAUACAUCAUAUAAACAAAUUACUGAUGCUUUAGUUCAUUUAUUUAUGAGAGAUGAUCCAUUACUUAAAAAGAAUGAACUUGAUGAUAAAGAAAGAGAACAUAGAAAUGUCACUAUACUUCAAAACUUGUAUUAUAUAUUAGAAGAAUUAACAUCUAUUUCAAGAUCCAAUUCUACUAAGACUAUGAAACUGAGAUUAGAUACGAUCUUUAAUAAUGUGGAAGAAAGUUAUUUCCAAAGAUUAUUGCAUAAAAAUAUUGGUAAAUUAAUUGAAUUUGUUACCAAUUAUGAAUCAUUAGAAAAGAUGAGUAGUGGAUCAAGUAAUAAGAAGUAUAAUAAAAAGUAUGUCAAAUCAUUAUUAACUAAUUAUACCUCAAAAGAACUUCAAGUUAAAGCAGGAGAAAUUUAUCAUAAAUUAGAGAAACAUUUCAUUACAGGUGGAGAUAUGUUUGAAAAGGACUUGUUAGAAAAAUUAUGGCAAGACAUGGAACAAGAAUUCAUUGAUUAUAUUACAAGAUUAAACAAAAUCAUUAGAAAUGAUUUUGAUAGAGAUAUUGAUUAUGGUAUUGGUAGACAAGAAAUCCAUGUUAUAUUUAAAUCUAUUCAUUAA